GGCCCCACCCCUGGCAGCAUGAAUGUUCUUCUAAACAUCUCCUUUUGUGUUCCACAGAAGUCGUGCAGGUUUGGAACGUCAAAAGGUAUACUGCAGUGAGGAUCUGCUCCAGCAGAAGAAAGAUCUGCAUUGGGAACUCCCUGCAAAGCGUGCUGCAACUUUCCACCCCGUCGAAUCUGCAGCUCACGUUUGGAGAGAGAGGGAGACGCUGAAGAGCUGAGGGGAAAGAGAGAGAGGAUUGAGUGUGCAGCAGAAAAGCUUGUGUUCGUGAUCUAGGUUGAAUGCAGUUGCUCGUGGGAACGCAUCUGAUCCAGAAAGAGUGAAAGUUUGACGCAGAAACAUGAGAGAGUUUGUGUCGAGCUGCUGCUUGAUCCUGCUAUGUAUCUGUGGCUCCUCGCAGUUGUCCUUGUCGCGGGAGGAGGCGAAUGAUUUCCUCCGCAGACACAGAAGAGCUUACCAGGUGUUUGAGGAGACCAAACAGGGUCAUUUGGAGCGGGAGUGUGUGGAGGAGAUGUGCUCAAAAGAGGAGGCGAGAGAAGUGUUCGAGAAUGACCCGGAGACGGAAUAUUUCUACCCAAAGUAUCUGGUUUGUAUAGAGAAGUUUGGUGACUCUGAGAAGAAGAAACAUGAUCUGAUCACCUGCAUCCACAAUAUUCCAGAUCAGUGUUCUCCCAACCCCUGUUAUCAUUUGGGUACGGUGCGCUGUGAGGACAAGAAAGGCGAGUUCCUGUGUCAUUGCUUCACAGGAUGGACUGGAGUUAGAUGUGACGAAGAUGUAAACGAGUGCAUCAAACAAAACGGAAGAUGUGACUACGAAUGUAAUAACACUGUGGGUAGUUACCACUGCUCCUGUCGUCAAGGAUACAGACUGUCCGGUCACCACACGUGUCUGGAUGUGGACGAGUGUGUGGAAACUCCAGAUGUUUGUGGAACAGCGAGUUGCUUGAACAUCAUUGGGAGCUAUGACUGCCUGUGUGAGGAGGGAUAUGUGUACGACAACAACACCAAGAGCUGUGUAGAUGUGGACGAGUGCGAUUCGCAUGUGUGUGAGGAGGAGUGUGUAAACACUGCGGGCAGUUUCCGCUGCUACUGUGAUGGCCGUCAGGGGAAGAGACUGGGGCCAGAUCAGAGAAACUGCGAGUCCAUUGAGUCAUAUCUGCCACUGGAUAUGAGGAGAAACUCUCGAUCGCUGUAUCUGGGUCGGAUGUUUAGCGGGAUUCCUGUCGUCAGGCUGCGCUUCCGGCGCCGUGUUCAGACUGGCUUCACAGCAGAGUUCGAUCUCCGGACCUUUGACCCGGAGGGUGUGAUCUUCUUUGCUGGUGGUCACCUGAACAGCUCGUGGAUUGUGCUGGUGAUGCAUCAUGGGAAAUUGGAGCUGCAGCUGAAGUAUGGAGCCGUGAGUCGAGUGACCAGCAGUGGAUCAGUGGUGAAUGACGGACAGUGGCAUAAGAUCUCAGUUGAGGAGCAGGGGCGGAGUCUUGUCAUAAAGAUUGACAGGGAGGCGGUGAUGAAGAUCGCAGUGAAUGGAGAUCUGUUCACAUUGAAUAAAGGCAUGCAUGAGCUCAACCUGACUGUGGGCGGAGUUCCCUUCAGAGAGGAGGGGCUUGUCAGUAAGGUUAACCCUCGGUUAGACGGCUGUAUGAAGGAGUGGCGCUGGUUAACCGGUGAAGACACAUCAAUUCAGGAAACCAUUAGACACAAUGAGCGCAUGCAAUGCUACGCCAUUGAAGACCACAGCGCCUUCUACCCUGGACAAGGGUUUGCCUUCUUCAAUCAGAGCCAUGGUGUGUGUUCGGGUUUGGAUGGUUUACGAGGAAAUUGUUUUAGGUUACAAACUGGUGACAAUCAGAUCCUCAGUAUUCAGCUGAAGGUGCGUGCUGCCUCCAGUAUGGGUGUUCUGUUCGCGCUGGUUCGCCAGGACAGCAUCCCGUUUUCCAUCUCUCUCUCUGACUAUCAUCCAGUGACUCUCGAGUGGACAGAGCACGUGCUGGUGUCGUUUGGUGAUGCGAUCGUGUCCAGUGUUGCAGUGAAUUUGUGUGAUUCAAACACACACACAGUCAAUGUGACAGUAUCUGGAAACAGCACAACACUGGAGGUGGACGGUCUGAUCAGUCAGAUGGAGUCUGUGGAGAAUCUGGAUGCUCUGGAUCUGUCCUCAUCAUACAGCACUUUUAUAGGAGGGAUUCCAGAUGUUUCUCUGGUUUCCACUCCUGUCUCUGCGUUCUUCGUCGGCUGCAUGGACGUGCGAGUUAACGGACAGCUGCUGGACGUGGACGAUGCCCAAUAUAAAUACAAUGAAAUCCGCUCCCACUCCUGCCCCCUAGUGAGUGCACUACAAUAACACACGCUCCAGUCUGAGCCCAGAAACAAACUGCCAACUGGACUUGCAAUUGAAACUAAUGCAAAGUGCUUUUGAAUCAAAGGGAUGCUUAAUCCGGAUUCACAAAGGCCUUAACAAGCCACAACACUAAAACACACCACAUACAACCACAAAGACCAAAUAUUAAUCUCAAUCCAUACUCCCAUCCAAAAGCACAACCCGAAGUGCAUACAUUCAUCACAUAGACACUGUAACACUUAUAUUUAUGACACAGAUAUUUACAUUAGAGGAUGAAAACACAAGCUACUGAGAACAAGUGUGUGCUGUAAUAUACUGUAUAUGUAAAUAUGUGAUUAAAAUGCUUUUUAGACGAGAGAAAAUAAACAUCCAACUACCUUUAAGUCCAGAAAUAAAGGCCUUAAAUCAGGCCUCUCGAUGUAGGUGCUUAAAAUCAUCCUUCAUUUUGUUCAGUAUUUUUUUUGUUAAAAUGUUUCUAGUUCCUUGUUCAUUUUUUUUUGUUUGUUUUGUUUUUUUUAAUCUGUAAUGUGCACUGAAAAGAUGUUUUGUAUUUCUUUCAUUUGCGCUCAGUGUGUGUCGAACCAGAGACUGCAAUGCUUAUUGAAAACAAAUAAAGACAGAUGUUA